GACAGUCCGGAGGAGGCCUCCAUUUCCUGUUUGCUCUGACUGAGCCUUUAGGACUCAUUAAGGAGGUCUGAUCUUAAAUCUAGUAAUGGCUACUAAUCUUGGAGAACAGCUGAAUCCUGAAUGGGUUCAGCAGUAUGGUGCCAGCAGAGAUGGUGCUUUGGAAACACCAAUGCAUGAGAAUCCUGAGUGGGAGAAAGCAAGGCAGGCUUUAGCGAGCAUUAGCAAAGCCAGUGCCACCUCUGCAGCUAAUAAAGGAUCAAGUGACGGGCAAGCAAAUGCUCAGUAUUCUGCACCACAAGGGGAUGUAGCGAUGCAGCAACAGUAUUAUCAGUGGUACUCCCAGUAUAACUACCAGUAUGCUUACAACUACUAUUAUCCAAUGAAUAUGUAUGGUGGAUAUACUCCUCCUGGUCAGUAUGGUAUGUCAGGCACUUAUCAGUCACAAGCAUCUCAACAAACCCAAGCAGGUGGGCAACACCAGGGAAACCUAACACAGCCUGCAGUACCUGGCCUGGAAGACAGCAUGUCUUAUUCUACUGUCCAGCCGCAAGUUUCUACGCCUAGUAACCAGCCAGCUUCCCAUCAAACUGUAAGUCAUAGCUUGUCGCAAUCUGGUCCUCAAGGAGCAUCUUCAGGCAGCCAACUGUCACAGCAGCAUUCAACCACGAAUUCCAACAGUUAUUCCCAGCAGCAUAAUUAUAAUGAAACACCAAAGCCAAAGAAAGGACAACAGUUGUGGAACCGCAUGAAACAAGCUCCUGGGGCUGGUGGUCUUAAAUUUAACAUUCAGAAGCGCCCUCUAGUAAUGACCCAUCAGAACUUUACAUCUGCUGAACAACAUACUAACAACAAUAGCAUGCAGCAGCCGACACGUAUGCAUCACCAUAUGUUACAGCAGCAAACAGAGAAAAGCCAUGAUCACAGUAACUCUUCUGCAAAACCAGAGGACUGGCCACCAGCAAUGAAAGAAUAUGUUCAGCGUUGCUUUACUGCAUGUGAAACAGAGGAGGACAAGGAUCGGACUGAAAAACUUCUUAAAGAAGUUCUACAAGCCAGACUGCAAGAUGGUUCAGCAUAUACUAUAGACUGGAGCAGAGAACCUCUACCGGGGAAGGAUAGUAUAAAGGAAAGUCCAAAGAAGAAGUGCUGGGAGCCAACUACUUUGCAUUCUUCCCGCGGCAGCACCAUCACCGUGACCCAGUCUUCACGGGGUGGCGGAAACAGUGGCACCAGUGUACUAAGAGGACGUAUUAGCAGCUUUCCUACACGGUUUGGAAACCGUAAUGUCUUCAUGAAAGAAUCCAGUUCCUCUUCAAGCACAGGCUCUAGGUCCAGAUCAAGGUCUUCCUCUCGGUCUCCUCACAGACGACACUGCCGAAGUGAUUCUCAUUCAGACUCUGACAGCAGCUCAUUAUCUGGAGGAGAAAGCCGAACAGGUGGUCGUAGAAGUAUACAGAAAGGACGUGGUCGGGGAGGUCAUGCAGAACGUGGUCGGGGAAGGAAUCAGAGGGGCAAAAGAAGUGAACAAAAUUUCAACAAACGAAAUCGCAAGAAGAAUGUUCAGAUGGAUUUUGAGGAUCCAGAGAGAGAUUCCAAGAAGGAAAAGCGAGCAGCACGUUUCCAGCAUGGCCACAGUCCAAAGAAACUGCGUCUUGAGCCUCUUGUGCUGCAGAUCAAUAACUUGGAUCCUAAUGACUCUGACAACUUGGACUGGAAUGAGCUAAAAAUAGUGGGAACUUCCCAAGAUAUCACCAAGCCUUACCUGCGCUUAACAUGUGCACCAGACCCGUCAACUGUGAGACCAGUGCCAGUUUUAAGAAAAUCGUUAACAAUGAUGAAGGGACACUUUCAAGAGAAGCAAGAUUAUGCAUUUGCUUGUGAGCAACUGAAAUCAAUCCGCCAAGAUUUAACGGUUCAAGGCAUUCGCACAGAGUUCACUGUAGAAGUCUAUGAGACUCAUGCACGAAUAGCACUGGAAAAGGGAGACCAUGAGGAAUUUAACCAGUGUCAAGCACAGCUAAAGUCUCUGUAUGCUGAGAAUCUUGCUGGGAACAUUGGAGAGUUUACAGCCUAUCGUAUAUUGUAUUAUAUUUUCACUAAAAACUCUGGAGAUAUAACUACAGAGAUGGCGUACCUGACCAGAGAGAUGAAAGAGGAUGCUUGUGUUGGCCAUGCUUUGGCUCUUAGGAGUGCUUGGGCGUUAUCAAACUAUCACCGGUUUUUCAAGCUUUAUAGAGACGCACCACGAAUGUCUGGGUAUCUGAUCGACAAGUUUGCAGAAAGGGAGAGGAAGGCAGCCAUUAAGGCCAUGAUUAAAACUUUUCGUCCGGUGCUCCCAGUUUCCUACAUUCAGUCAGAGUUGGCCUUCGAGAGUGAGGAGGAGUGCCAUAGUUUCCUGGCUUCUCUGUCCCUUGUGUAUGCAGGGAACGACACCAGCAAGAUUGAUUGCAAGCAAAGCUUAACGGUCUUGCCAAACUUCUGACCGUUUUAAUUAUUUGAAUUUCCACUUAAAUGUGUUUUAUAACACAUAGUAAAGUUCACACUAUGUGUGUAUGUGAAACAUUAUGCUUGUAUUGGAUCUACUUAUGAUCAGAGAAUCCAUGACCUUGACUGUGUUUUCCACUCUGAACCUGGGCUUCUCCAAUUUACGUGAAAGCCAUUUCAGACCGUGGUAAUUUUCUCUGUUUAAAGUGCUGUACUUUGGCACUCUCAACGUAGAAUUACCAUUGAUGUGAUUGACUUCAGCCAUAUAAGCCAGAUCUACCAGAAGAUAAGUGUUAAAUGCUUUGUUUUUACAAUGCUAUCUGAACAUACUGUAGUUGCUGGAUGGAAGAUGGAUACCAGUUAAUAUGGCAAGGCAGUUAUUAAAGAAUCUAUACCUGUAGAAGACCUUCUGAUCUAAUAGACAGCCCACUUGUGGAUUACAAGGUGAACAGAAUGGUUCAACUUUGUUAGGAAGACAUUUGGUCUUGACAUGGUUGAGAGAUUUAAACUGGAACUCUAGCUUUUUUACACUUUAGAUUAAAUUUGUGUUCUGUACAUAAAAUACGCUAUUUAGCUCUUUAUAAAGCUGUAUGUACAUUUUGUAUUUAAGGGUUUCUUUUGAAGUAAAACAAAGUUUUUUUCUUUUUGUAUUUUGAAUGUUUAUAAUAUAUUUAAUGUUGUAAACAGACACUAACUAUGUUUCAGUUUUGUUUUUUUCUCUCUUUACCUCACUUGCACAAAGCCUUUGUCCACAUGCUGCACUAAAACAACUAUUGUGGCUCUGGGGAGAAGGCCUGAAUGAUAAAGGAAAAAUCCAACUCCUAGAAUGGGAGAAA